AUGGUCUACCAUAAACCCCGAAAAUCUUGCCUCGACUGUCGUCGCAGGCAUCUUAAAUGUUCCCUUCCGGACGGUGUAGGCGGAUCUGCAAGCUGCGUGUGGUGUCAGGAGCAUGGGCUAGAAUGUGUGAAAGAUUGGGAAUCCUCCGACUCAAAUAACCUUCGUUCACAAGCCCCGAAAGAUGGGGCAAUUAUUCUCAACGGCUCUAACUCGGCGUUUGGUGGCUUCCAGUUUUCCAAGGCCAGCCUUCUCCCGAAUGAUGGGCCGAGUGCAACUCGCGUUCUACGUUUGCGGCAAGAAGUGGCUUCGCAACAUAAGUCUUCGACUUCGCCCUGGAUAGGCGGCGAUACUGAUGCCGACCAAGAAUUAAGGCUUGAUAAGCCUGUUAUUCAAUAUCUCAAAAAUCUAUUCUUUUCCAACGUCCACCCCUAUAUACCAAUCAUAGGGAUAUCAUACUUCGAGUCAAUAAAACCGACCCAGUUACUUCUCUCGGCAAUGUACGGUGUAGCAGCUCGACUACCGGGUGCAAUAGUCUCCACGCGUGAUUUCUUACACAUCAAGCGUGUUCUGGAGUACCAACUCAAGAACUAUAUGAGCAAAUAUGAACCAUCGAUACAAACACUCCAAGCGCUAACGUUAAUACAUUUGACUCUUGAGCUUCAGUGUGAGGGUCUCGAGGGAGUUGAGACAUGGCCCCUUAGGCUUGCUGCUGCAGUUAGGAUGGCUUUUGAACUCCGUUUACACCGGAAAGAAACAUAUGCUCACGAACACCCUCUCAUGCAAGAAAUGAAACGCCGCCUUUUCUGGGCCAUCUUUGCCAAGGACCGUUGGACCAGUACCGGAAAAGGCUACCCCCUCAUGAUCGAUAUGUCUGAUAUCAAUGUCGACUUCCCCUCUCCUCAUGACAUUGAUAAUCCCACCGCCCCACCUCACGAAUACUUCGUCGAGCUCAUCCAGCAAGCAAUUACCCUAGGUCGUAUACACCCCGUCUGCUUUCGCGCGGACCGUUUCGCACAUGUCACACCCGCACAAUUCCGUCUCGUUGAACAAGAGGUCGUUCAUUUGGAGUUAAUCCCAAAUGCAUCGGAUAUGAGAGUCUUACUUGCCAACGAUUCUGUCAGGGCGCUGGGAUACACGAGUAAGGAGUUAUUGUUGACUGGUCCGAGUAUCUGGGGGAUAAUGUUUUAUGCUCAGGUCCGAUGUUUCCUGGUGGCUUUGAGUAUUAAGCAUGACCCUAUCACAGACUAUGAUGGCGAGCUGAGAAGUGCGGCGGGAAACGCAGUGGAAAAGGUGGGUGAGAUCGCGAAGUUCAUGUGUGAGGACAAAAAAUGGUCUUUCAUGAUAUUAUCGGGAACCUUAGCGAUUUUCACCAAGAGAGUUGCGGAGGAUAAGGAUGCUGUAAAGAAGUUGUCUGUCGGAGGAGAAGGAAAACCGGGGAGGAAGGGGAGUGGCGGAAGGAAGAGAAGGGCGGUGGAUACAGGUGACGGCGGAGUAAUUGAUGGGAGAAAAAAGAGGGACAUGGUGAUACAGACCGCUGGAUUGGGGUUCGUUACUGGUGUCCGUAGUGUAGACUCUGAUUCGACGGUGGAUUUCAAAGGUGAGACACCAACGCCAGUACAGAUGGCUGGUAAUGGGGAUUUUGGAAAUUGGGAUUUGGGGAAUGAUUAUAGUGAGGACAUUGACUGGCAAGAAUGGGAUAUGAUGUUUUCUGGUAUUGCUUAG